AUGAGCGACAAAACAUCGUCGAAGCAGUCAACGUUGAAAGUGGACGACGAUCGGAUGAUUGUUGUGGAAACUCAAAUGAGCGUGAAGGAGAGAAGAAAGAAAGUGAAGAAGUUCACUAAACUUAUCGCUAGCAGCGUCAAAGUGGAGGACGAAACAAGGUUGCAACUCGGGGAGUGGACAGCAAAAUGCAGCGAACAGGAGGCGGAUGCGAUUCUGGAGCCGAUGAGAAUUUUCAACAGAGAGUUGUUGGAAAAGUUCGAAGAAAUCGGAGGAGAUGAAUGGCCGCGAUCGGUGAUUCGAGUUAUGAGAGAAUUCAAGCUCGAAUCGGUGGAAGAGUUGAGAGAGGCGUGUGCGAAAGCAGCGGAAAGUGAGGAAGCGGAAUGGUCCGUGGGAAAAGUAAAUCUGGAAUUGCAGAAAGUGCAAUAUGAGAAGAACUUGUUGACGGAGUGCUGGAAUGAAGAAAAGGAGAUGCUCGGGGAGCAAAUCCGGAGAAUCCAGAGAGAAAAGGAGGUGGCUGAGGCGCAGGUCAGUAGGCUGGAGAAAGCGCUGAAACAACUGAGGAAGACGCAGGAGCUGGAGGAACGCAAGCCGAAGGGCUUGUGGGAUGAAGUCCAGGGAAGCAGAAGCUGGUACGAGAAGGUGGUAAAUUGGGACUCCGAGAGCACCAAUAAGGGAAGCAGGAAGAAAGGAGGAGAAGACGCGUUUAGCAGGAAAACGUUGAGUCGGACAGGAAGUAGCGAACGUUGCCGGAGCCAAAAACGUUUGAUGGAACAGGCGAGUUCAAGGAGUUCAAACGGGCAUUCUUGUUGA